AUGUCUACACUCGAGGAACAAGUCUUAGCCCUCCAACAACAACUGGCCACACUUCAAGCCCAAAUUGAAACAACUUCAGGCCCCACACCAAUGCAGUCAGCCGAUGACACUGCAAUGCCUACUCCGAUGCAGCCAGGUGCAAGUGCUGCCGUACCUCACAUUCACUCUUUGGAUACACCUAUCCACAAUGCCAAGCCUUUACCUGAAUCUGAACGCAAGGCUAUUAUUGAAGCCUACCCUCCUAUGGCCCAUCUUGAUUAUAACGCCCCCAAUACCAUUCCUUCAGCUGAACGUCUGAUGAAUCGUGGACAGAAGUACCAGGAUACUGCUAUCAAACAACUCCAGUACCUCUUGUCGGCCGCUUUCCGUCCAUUGGACAUCCUUACUAACGAGAUGUUUACAUAUGAAAGCGGCAAUCCCAACAUGGAACGUUACAGUGUCAUGCUACGGGACACUCGUCGUCUCCUCUUACAUGUUUGCUCCAUGAUGACUCAACAGCGUACUAAUAUUGCCCUUCGUGCUCACAACCCCCCCUACCGUUUGAACAACACUUCUGAAGUCAAUUAUACUCUUCCCUUGAAUGAGUUCCAGCAAACUCUUGUUCAACAACAUGCUGCUAUGAAGGCAACUCGUGAGGCUACUGUAACUCGUAAGCCACGUCGCUUUGCGCGUAACCCUUCUAACUCUGGUUCUUCUUCUAAUGGACUAGACCCAUCGUUUUUUCGAUCAGGUCCACCCUCGCAGCAGGGUGGUUUCAACAACAACACCAACAACUACAGCAACUUCAACAACAACAACAGCUACAACAACAAUGCCAACAACAACCACAACAGCAAGACCAACAACAACAACAACAGUUUCCAGCAAAACAAGAAAAACAACAACCCUUUUCGAAGUCGGCUCAGCAAGUACUUUCAACACUGGACCAAUAUCACCAAAAAUUCAUUCGUUUUAAACACUGUUCAACACGGUUACUACAUUCCAUUCCACACAACACCGCCAACAACUACCACACCAACAUCCAUCACUCCCUUUUCAGCAGAACAAGCAACCCUUAUCAACCAAGCAAUUCAAGAUCUCCUAGCCAAAUCAGCAAUCGAACCGGUCUCGCCUCAACAAGUGCAACAGCAACCAGGCUUCUACAGCUCCAUGUUCGUGAUCCCAAAGAAGAAUGGUGGUGUCCGCCCGGUCUUCAACCUCAAACGGCUCAACCAGUUUCUCGAGGCUCCUCACUUCAAAAUGGAAACCAUCAAGGAAGUAUCGUUAAUGAUCAAACCGAACGAUUACCUAGUUUCAAUCGAUCUGUCAGAUGCAUUUCUCUAUGUAUGUCUCCAUCCAGAGUCCCGACGCUUCUUACGUCUCAAAUGGAGAAUUCAAGUCUACCAGUACUGUACGACCGCCUUUGGUUUGUCUUCCAGCCCCUUUGUGUUCACCAAAGUCUGCAGGCCCAUCUUAGAACACUUGCGCUCUCGCGGCUUCAGGAUCUCAACAUACUUAGACGACUGGCUUUUGAUUGCCAACUCAAGACAGCAGGUAGAGGCUCAGACUCGUCAGGUGGUAUCUCUCUUAGAAGACCUUGGAUGGCUCAUCAACUACAAGAAGUCAGUUCUUACUCCUACACAACAACUCGAACACCUAGGCUUUGUCUUGAAUACCCGGUCUAUGACGGCAAUUCUACCAGCAAGCAAACUGAGGGAUAUUCGUCGAUCCAUCAAGCAGGUUCUGGACAAGCCUCACCGUCAGUCUCCCAGAGUCAUACACAGCUUGACCAUGCGAAUACAAUCAGCAGCGUUUGCGAUAUUUCCAGCUCGCCUGUAUACUCGUCACCUUCUUUACUACAAGAACCAGACGGUGCGGUCAGAUAUGGAUUGGGACAAACCUCGGCCUCUAGACCAAGCGAGCUUGGAGGAACUACAGUGGCGGUAUCAGAACAUCAGCAAAUGGGACGGUCGGUCUCUGCUUCCCUCUACACCCAACCAAACCAUGUUUGUGGAUGCCAGCAAUACGGGAUGGGGAUGCUCCUGGAAACAUCACCGUGCACACGGCUAUUAG